CAUGCAUAAGAGCAGUUGAUUAGAAAUUGUUAAUAAAUAUCUCAUGUAAUGUGAUAAUAACGAUAAUGAUACGAAUACUGUGUUUAUUGAAGAUAGUUAAUGAAUAUUUGCUAUUGCAAGCAUUAUUAGUUUAAAGUGUGACACGACAAAUUGCUAACUGUUCUGGUUUUUUUUUUAAAAUCAUAUUCAAGACAAGGCAAAAAAAGAAGUAAUUAGAAAGAUCACAAAAUGAAAUUGAAAAGUCCUUCAACAAGUUACAUCUCACAUGAUCCAAUAGUUUUGGAGACAUUGAAAAAAGCACAGGAAUUACAGUUAGAUAUUAAUUCAAAAAAACGUACAAGUCAUUCGAAUAAAUUAACAUUUUUAACACAUAAAGACACGGUCAGUGUAUCAACAUCAACAAGAAAAUAUUCUUUAUCAAUACCAUCAAAGAUGAAUGAUGCGACAGAUCAAAAUGUUUCAAAAAAAUCAGAUGUUUCACAAAAUUAUCAACAAAAAAUGAAAGAGAAGAAAAAGUUCUCGUUUCGGAAGUUGAUUGGUAAAUUUGAAGAAACAUCUAAAUCACAUAUCAGUCAAAUAUUAAACAAAUCACACUCUGACGGACAAUGUGAUUCCAAUAAUAAUCAACAAAUAGAAAGUGAAUUAGAAUUCGCUCAUAAACUCAUGAAUUCACCAGAAGAAAUGGGUUUAAGUUUAGAAGGAAGAGAUAAUGAAGUUGAAUGUUACAUACAAACUAUUUGUGAACCAUGUAUCUUAAGUAAAAAUGCAAUAAAUUUUGAUCGUUUACUACGUCGUAUUGAUACAACUAAUGCACGUGUAACAACAUUAAUUAAUCUAUGCACUACAGCUAUUUUAGCUUCAGAUAAAGUGACAGUUAAUUUUCUUGUGAAUAGUUUAAAACGUAUGCGACGUAAACAAAAUUUAUUAAUUAGUGAAGCGGAUGAUAUAAUGAUGACAUUUUUAAAAGAUCCACUAGUUUUAUUACGUUCAAAAAAAAAGAAAAAUGAUAAAAAUGAAGGAGGUGUGAAAUUCACUAUUAAUUAUCCUGACGAUGAUGACGACGAAGAAGAAGAAGAAGAAGAAGGAGGAGACAAAGAUAAUGACGAGGAAGACAAUGUUCGUAAUGAUGAUGACGAUGUAUACACAAGAGAAGAGAAAUAUGAAAAUAAUAGACAAAGCGAAGAAGCAAAUAUUCGUUGGGAAAUGAGUAGUAAUCAAUUGAGUACGGAUUAUUCCACAAGUGAUAGUGAAAAUGAUGGUCCAACACCUGAAUUUGUUUUAAAUCUAUCCAAACAAAUACGUAAAACUGAGGGUACAAGAUUAAAACAAAAUUUACGUUUAAUUAAUCGUAAAAAAUCAUCCAACAUGGGAGAUAAAAAGGCAUCAUUUAAUGUUCCGCCACCAUUGAAUCCACUUGGACAUAAUCGUAAUGAUUUAUUACGUUCACAUGCUACAGUAGCAAGUGGUCUAUGUCAACAAGGUCAUAAAAUGUCAUCAUCAUCAAUGUUAUCCAGUAAUAGUGGAUUAAAUCCUACUGAUGCAAUCAAUACAAUGUAUAAACCAACAUUACCAUUUAAUUUAUUAAGUUUAACUGGUCAAUUAUCCUGGUUAAUAUCAGAAUACAUUGAACGUGGUAGUUCAACAUAUAAAUGGGCUACCGAAUUAAUUAAUUCCAUUGGUAAAAUGUCUGUCACACGAUCUACUUGGUUAAAUGUUCAUCAACAAUUAAGAGAAACCACUGAAUUAUUAUAUUCUCAUCGUGAUCAACAAUUAAAAGCUUAUCAUUCUACUAGUGAAACACCACAAGGUGAAAUUGCUUGGACUAAAUUACAAGCUCUACAUCAAACUAUUCUAACUGGCGAUUUGAAUGCUUGUACAAUUACAUCGAAUAAUUUAAAAGCAUUAAGUCAAUCAACAAAACAAGUAAACAAUGAACGAAAAUUAGUUCGAUUGUCUUGUUUAUUAGAGAAAAAAUUACAUUUAGCUUAUUUAUGUGAUUUGUUAUUAUGGAAAGCGCAUAAAAUCACAUUGACACAAUUGAAUUAUACCGAUGAAGAUCUAGUGAAAUGUCAGUCAAUGGAUUUUCAAAUACGUCUAUUCGAAUUACAAUUAGAUCAAUCAAAUGGACAGAAUUGGUCCACUAAUUUAAUGGAUUUCAUGAUGUGUUGGAUAAAUGAUAUUUGUGAAUGGAAAGCCCAAUUCAAUUUGAAUACAUCCGAUAUUGAUUAUUUCAUGUGGAAUGAAUUUUAUGUAUUUAAAAAUUCUGUUCAAAAUUUAUUAGAUUUAGUGAAAUCGCUGAAUGCUUGCAAAUUAAUCCGAUCCGCAUUAGAUGAUCAAGUGAAAAAACAACUUGACGUGAACAAUCCUACAAACAGUUGUAAUUUAAGUAGUAGUAUAAGUAAUAUCAAUUUAGACGAUAAUCAAAGUAGAAUUUCAUCAUCAGAUACAUCAUCAAAACUACAAACGCAUCGUUCAUUACAUAAUCAACAUCCACAUCAAUCACAUCAUAGUCAAGGUGAUUUUCGUUCAUUGGACGCUGAUCGUUGUUCCAGAUCAUAUGCUGCAUUGGUUAGGCAAAUACAAGAACAUGCAAUGAAUAAUAGACCAUUAGCUUAUUUUGCUGAACGUGCUCUCUACGAUAUUGCAGUGGAAUUAGGCUGUACUGUCAAUUGGGAUGAACGUUUCGAUAGUUUAAGUAAGGAAUUAAAAAAUGCAUGGCAAGAAUGGGAAUUGAUUAUACGUGAAAAAAUCGAUCGUGAUUUCUAGUCGUUACAUUACAUUUUAUUACUUACUUAGUAUAAUAAUAUUUCUUUCAACUACUUCUACUACUACUGUCAUAUUAUGAAUUUUUAACAAAAAAAAACACACAUUGAAUCAAUGGAUGAAAAAAUAAAAACCGCUUCUCCGCCCCCCCCUUUAAGAAUGGAUCAAAAGAAAUGAUUGAUUUACGGAACAAACAUACUCAGAUCUAGUAUUUUUACAUUCAUUUACUCCGACAAUUUCAUCUUUCUUCAUUAUUAUUCUCUUCCGAUAAUCCAAUUGAACAACACAAUUGUGUGAAUGAUUAUUUUUCUAUAAAUAAAAACAAACAAACUUGCAUCAUUCAGCUUCUUCUUUAAGUUAAAUCUAUUUCUUCAAGUCUACUUACUAUCCAUUUGUUUAUGUCAAACAAGAUAUUAGUGUCACAGUUGUUUGAAAGCUCAGUUAAUAAUUCUGCUGACAUUAAUUACUAUAGAAUUAAUAUAAAUCGAUCGAUUAUUUCGUUAAAAAUUCAAAAAAAAAUCGACUUCAUUACUGUCGACAAAUUUGAUCUUCACAUAAAUACAUCUACAUACAUAUUGAUAUAUAUAUAUAUAUAUA